AGAAUGUAGAGUUUUUAAAUUAUUAUCGCAGAAAAAUGAAUUAAAAUCCAAACGACAUCGUUUCUCUAUUUGUUAGUCCACUGUCCACCCUAUCCAAUUCCCUUGCGAGAGACACAAAAGACCAAAAGCCAGUAUCAUUUAUCAAAAAUCGAUUCAAUUCAGAUAACAAUGGCGAAGGGCAAGAAAGAGCUGCUGGCGUCAGCCCCAUGGAGGGUGGAGGAGAACGAAGAGAAAUUCAAAGACGCGAAGAUCAAAGUAACGAACCAGCCAGGUAAAACGCCCAUAAUGCACGUCCCUGGAAAGAACAAGUACAAAAACGACGACGUUGGGGAAGACUCCCUUACUGAAAUCGACCCCGAACUCCGCUACAGUUUCCAGCGCAAUUUCCAAUUUCUUGGUCGUGUCUUUAGCAUUGACACCAUUGUCAAACCUCUUCCUCCUGCAAUGGCAUAUAACGUCUCUCGCAACUUGAGCUUCUUCACACGGAUCUUUACUCAGUUCUUUGAUCCUGAAGGUAUAGCGAAUGCACAGAAAUCUCUUGGAAUAGGUCAAGAAGAAAAAGUUCGAAAAGUCCGCUAGGUAAUUUAUUUAAUUCCAUAGAACAUUUAAUGUGUUCGUUUGAGAACUUCUAAUAUCUUGUAUUGAUGGAAGAAAGAUUGUAUUCCAUAGUUGUCCUGGCAUAUGAAUUCAGAAGAAGUAUUACAUAAAUCAAUUUCUGUAACUUCUGCCAGAAACAUUCGUUUUUGUUUAAUAUCGUGAAAUUAUAUUCCGACUCUUCGAAAUUGUACAAUGUUAAUGCCUCGUGCAGUUUUAA